AUGUGGUUUAUUCUAAUUUUACUCUUUUGUAGCAAAGGAUCAACGAUUCCACCCGACACUCAAGAUGAUUACAAAAUGAUCGUAACAUGGGGAAAACCGCUCAAAAUUUUGAAUCCAAACAUUUUGAAUAUCACCUGGGAAGAGUGUAUUGAUGUGUGUUGGAAAGAUACAAGUUGUGUGCUUAUCUACGACACAUCUCCGACCUGCCAAUUUUACGACGUGGAUGCCGUGACUACAGUACAGAAGCUAAAUGCUAGCAGUCAAAGUCGAAUUGCAUUCCGACUUUUAUCCCGCAACCGAACGUGCCCAAAUUUGGAGGCGUCUCCAAUUUUGAAAGAGGGAACCGUCAAUAGUGCUGUUCAGCAAGAUUACCGUAUUGAGCAAGGCACCCAAUCACUCACUAUAAAUCAAUACCUACCUUACCGUAUUUCUCUGAAAACCAAUGUUUGGACUUUUACCACCAGAAGUGAACGUUUUGAUUGUAUUACAGGAUCUCCGACAAGACGAGGCAAUGAUAUCUGGUGUAUGGGUAUGACUGUUUUUGGGAUGUGCCUUAAUCAAUCUCAUGCAGACAUGAUUAGUCAGCUUCAGACUCGUAAACCAAUAGCAGGAUUUGUAAAUUUGGCAGAAUAUGAAAUUGCGAAGUGAGUUCAACUAUUUGGAUACAUAUGCUCCAAAUCCCACGCUUGACUGGCUACCAAACAAACCGGAUGGUAUUAUUGGAUCCGACGUUACCUGCGCUUUUUUAUAUACCAAGAAUGGAACUAUAGGAGUUUCUGAGUCCGCAUGUGAUGUUAUUAGCAAUAUUGAAGACAAGUUUUGCAUGGCCGGUUUCUACGGUGGAUAUACUCUGGGAGCUGA